GGGGAGCUGGAGCGUCAGCUUCUUCAGGCCAAUCCCAUUCUGGAGUCUUUUGGGAAUGCAAAGACAGUGAAAAAUGACAACUCCUCCCGCUUUGGCAAGUUCAUUAGGAUUAACUUUGAUGUUACUGGUUAUAUUGUUGGGGCCAACAUUGAGACAUACUUGUUGGAGAAGUCUCGGGCUGUUCGUCAGGCCAAAGAUGAGCGGACAUUUCAUAUCUUCUAUCAGCUGCUAGCUGGAGCGGGAGAGCACCUGAAGUCUGACUUGCUGCUUGAAGGAUUUAACAAUUACAGAUUUUUAUCUAAUGGCUACAUCCCCAUUCCUGGGCAACAAGACAAGGAUAACUUCCAGGAGACUAUGGAAGCCAUGCAUAUCAUGGGAUUUUCACACGAUGAGAUCUUGUCAAUGCUGAAAGUGGUGUCUUCAGUGCUACAAUUUGGAAAUAUUUCCUUUAAGAAGGAGAGAAAUACCGAUCAAGCCUCUAUGCCAGAGAAUACUGUCGCACAGAAACUCUGCCAUCUGCUGGGGAUGAACGUGAUGGAGUUCACCCGGGCCAUUCUGACACCACGCAUCAAAGUUGGCAGAGACUACGUUCAAAAAGCCCAGACCAAAGAACAAGCCGACUUUGCAGUGGAAGCUUUGGCAAAGGCCACCUAUGAACGCCUCUUCCGCUGGCUUGUUCACCGCAUUAAUAAGGCUUUGGACAGGACCAAACGACAGGGAGCGUCUUUUAUUGGAAUUCUGGAUAUUGCUGGAUUUGAAAUUUUUGAGUUGAACUCCUUUGAGCAACUCUGCAUUAACUACACCAAUGAGAAGCUUCAACAGUUAUUUAACCACACAAUGUUUAUCCUGGAGCAAGAGGAGUACCAGCGAGAGGGCAUAGAGUGGAAUUUCAUUGACUUUGGACUGGAUCUGCAGCCUUGCAUUGACUUAAUUGAAAGACCUGCAAAUCCUCCUGGUGUGUUAGCGUUACUGGAUGAAGAAUGCUGGUUCCCUAAAGCUACUGACAAGACAUUUGUGGAAAAAUUGGUCCAAGAGCAAGGAACCCACUCCAAAUUCCAAAAGCCAAGACAGCUAAAGGACAAAGCAGAUUUCUGUAUUAUUCACUACGCAGGCAAGGUCGACUACAAGGCAGACGAGUGGUUGAUGAAGAACAUGGACCCCCUGAAUGACAAUGUGGCUACACUCUUGCACCAGUCUUCUGACAAAUUUGUUGCAGAGCUUUGGAAGGACGAGAUUCAGAAUAUUCAGAGAGCCUGUUUCUAUGACAAUAUUACUGGGCUUCAUGAUCCACCAGUGGAUCGUAUUGUGGGGCUGGAUCAAGUCACUGGAAUAACAGAGACAGCUUUUGGCUCUGCCUACAAGACCAAGAAGGGCAUGUUCCGUACCGUUGGCCAACUGUACAAAGAAUCACUCACCAAGCUGAUGGCAACACUCCGAAACACUAAUCCCAACUUUGUUCGCUGCAUCAUUCCAAAUCAUGAAAAGAGGGCUGGAAAAUUGGAUCCACAUCUGGUUCUAGAUCAGCUUCGUUGCAAUGGUGUUUUGGAAGGAAUAAGGAUUUGUCGACAAGGAUUUCCAAAUAGGAUAGUGUUCCAGGAAUUUAGACAGAGGUAUGAGAUCCUUACACCCAAUGCAAUUCCAAAAGGUUUUAUGGAUGGUAAGCAAGCCUGUGAGCGUAUGAUCAGAGCAUUAGAGCUGGACCCCAACUUAUACAGAAUUGGACAGAGCAAGAUCUUUUUCCGAGCUGGUGUCUUGGCACACUUAGAAGAAGAACGAGAUCUGAAGAUCACAGACAUUAUCAUCUUCUUCCAGGCAGUCUGUAGAGGAUACCUGGCUAGGAAGGCUUUUGCAAAGAAGCAACAGCAACUGAGUGCACUGAAAAUCCUGCAGAGGAACUGCGCCGCGUAUUUGAAGCUUAGGCACUGGCAGUGGUGGAGAGUCUUCACGAAGGUGAAGCCUCUUCUUCAGGUCACUCGCCAAGAAGAAGAACUUCAAGCCAAGGACGAGGAGCUGAUGAAGGUGAAAGAGAAACAGACAAAAGUGGAGGCAGAACUUGAGGAAAUGGAAAGGAAACAUCAACAGCUUCUAGAAGAGAAGAACAUUCUUGCAGAGCAGCUACAGGCUGAGACAGAGCUCUUUGCAGAAGCUGAGGAGAUGAGGGCUCGCUUGGCUGCCAAAAAACAAGAGUUGGAAGAAAUUCUCCAUGAUUUGGAGUCCAGGGUUGAGGAGGAAGAGGAAAGAAACCAAAUAUUGCAGAAUGAGAAAAAGAAAAUGCAGGGCCAUAUUCAGGACCUGGAGGAACAGCUCGAUGAGGAGGAGGGAGCUCGACAGAAGUUGCAGCUUGAAAAAGUGACAGCUGAAGCAAAGAUCAAGAAGAUGGAGGAAGAGAUCCUACUGUUGGAGGACCAAAAUUCCAAAUUUUUGAAGGAAAAGAAGCUGAUGGAGGAUCGAAUUGCUGAAUGUACUUCUCAGCUGGCUGAAGAAGAAGAAAAGGCGAAAAACUUGGCCAAACUCAAGAACAAGCAGGAAAUGAUGAUCACAGAUUUGGAAGAGCGCUUAAAAAAGGAGGAGAAGACCCGUCAAGAAUUAGAAAAAGCUAAAAGAAAACUUGAUGGUGAAACAACAGACCUACAGGACCAAAUAGCUGAGCUGCAAGCCCAGAUUGAAGAGCUGAAGAUCCAGCUGGCCAAGAAAGAGGAAGAACUACAGGCUGCUCUCGCUAGGUCAGAGCAUGAUGGGGCUUAUGACUACAGAAGUGUGGUGGAAACUGGCUUUCCCAAACAGAAUUUCAGCUGGCUGCAAACUCAGUUAGAACUGGGAUUGUUAAAGCAGAAGCCAGUCACGUUU